AUGCCCCUGCGGCCCGCGGCGCUCACCAGCAGCAUGCUCUAUUUCCAGAUGGUGAUCAUGGCAGGGACGGUGAUGCUGGCGUACUACUUCGAGUACACGGACACGUUCACCGUGAACGUGCAGGGCUUCUUCUGCCACGACAGCGCCUACCGCAAGCCCUACCCGGGCCCGGAGGACAGCAGCGCCGUGCCCCCCGUGCUCCUCUACUCUCUGGCCGCCGGGGUCCCCGUGCUCGUGAUAAUAGUUGGAGAAACUGCUGUGUUUUGCCUACAACUGGCCACAAGGGAUUUUGAAAACCAGGAGAAAACUAUUUUAACUGGAGACUGUUGCUAUAUAAACCCACUGGUGAGGAGAACUGUACGAUUUCUUGGAAUUUAUACAUUUGGACUGUUUGCAACAGAUAUCUUUGUAAAUGCUGGACAAGUUGUCACAGGAAACCUGGCUCCCCAUUUUCUUGCCCUGUGUAAACCCAACUACACGGCACUUGGGUGUCAGCAAUAUACGCAGUUCAUCAGUGGGGAAGAAGCCUGCACAGGCAACCCAGAUCUCAUCAUGAGAGCAAGGAAGACAUUUCCAUCCAAAGAAGCGGCUCUCAGUGUCUAUGCAGCUAUGUAUCUGACAAUGUACAUUACCAACACAAUCAAAGCCAAAGGAACAAGACUUGCUAAGCCCGUUUUGUGCCUAGGCUUAAUGUGUUUGGCCUUUCUUACUGGACUGAACAGAGUUGCAGAAUAUCGAAAUCAUUGGUCUGAUGUGAUAGCAGGCUUUCUGGUUGGAAUAUCUAUAGCAGUAUUUCUUGUUGUAUGUGUGGUAAAUAAUUUCAAAGGAAGACAACCAGAAAAUGAACAUACACACACGGAUAACCUGGCACAGAUGCCAAUGAUAAGCAUUCCUCGAGUAGAAAGUCCUUUGGAAAAGGUAACAUCUGUACAGGUGAUUCAUAAUUUAAAUUCUAAAGUGUGA